AUGUCGUCGACCUCUCCCUCGAAGGAGCCGGAGGUUGAACCCGAGGUGCAAUCGGGUGAAGACCAGGAGCAAAUGGACAAAGAUCAGCAAGACCAGAUACAUGGACAGGGCGAGUUCGAGGUGAAGGAACAAGAUCGGUGGCUCCCGAUUGCAAAUGUUGCCCGUAUCAUGAAGUUGGCUCUACCCGACAAUGCGAAAAUAGCAAAAGAAGCCAAGGAGUGCAUGCAAGAAUGCGUGAGCGAAUUUAUCUCGUUCAUCACCAGUGAAGCUUCGGAGAAGUGCCAGCAAGAAAAGCGCAAAACUGUCAAUGGCGAGGAUAUUUUGUUUGCGAUGACUUCGCUCGGUUUCGAGAACUAUGCCGAGGCUCUUAAGAUCUAUCUCUCCAAGUAUCGCGAGACCCAGUCUGCGCGAGGCGAGAACCAGAACCGACCCCCAAGCAGCGGCUACGGUGCUGGAGGUCCCGUCGGAGGCGGUCAGGGUCGAUUUCCCGAAGGCGCCGAGGGUGCCAACACCAUCAUGAACCCAAACAUGGACCCCUCUGAGCAGGACACUUCUGCUCGCAUUGACUGCCCCUUUACCCUCGGUAACCGUUUGACACGAUGCCCUGAACCUGAACCGAUUGAAAAUAAUGCAGAGCCGUGGCCAAAUCGCACAUGGAAUGAUGUCGAUGGUCCUCCUGCAAUGUCCUCCGUCAACGAUAACGCCUCCUCGCCGCUCGCGGGCGAUGGGGUGAGCAAGCGCAAGCAAGGCUCCGCCGCCUGUGUCCACUGCCACCGGCGCAAGGUCCGCUGCGAUGCCCGUAUGGUCGGAACGCCCUGUACAAACUGUCGCACAUCUGGAAAAAGCGACUGCCGUAUUCACGAAAAGAAGAAGCGCCUGGCAGUGCGUUCGAUCCUCGACCCCGUUCCGAUCCGAUCUCGGCCUUUCCCGACUUCUGAUCAGAGCGCCAUUCCCCCAACGACGGCCGGCACCCCACAGCCGCCAAGCUUUCCCUCUACGUUUCAAGGUGGCCCGGCGAUCACACCUCUUACAAACAAUUUACCGCCACAAACAUUCUUGUCCAAUGCCGCGCCGGAGAAUUUCGGGCGCCAAGGCCCGGAUCUGUCGCAUGCCCGCGAGGCACAUACGGAGAUGGAGCAACACCUCGUCAAGCUUAUUGAUGAGGAAGAAUCUGGCCGAAGAGAAAUCCAGAGAGGCGUGCGCGCAUUCUAUGUAGGACAUGAGCAUUCGAAUAUGUCCUUCCUGAUUCGCCAACAACGGGAUCAGGACGAUAAUGUAUACCACUUUGCAAGCAAUGAGAUACCGCGACGACAGACAAAAACUGUUCAGGAUCAGCUAUUGAUGGAUGCGUUGACUCUACCCGAGCCGGCUCUGGCAGAUGAACUGGUACAGGCAUACUUCUCCUGCGUCAACCCCGGAUAUCCUAUCGUUGACGAAGACCUCUUCAUGACACAAUACCGCAACCGCGACCCGUCGGAUCCACCGCCCGUCUUGCUGCUUCAAGCUAUUUUGCUUGUAGGAGCACACGUCACCCGCCCGAAAGUUGAGCGGGAUGCUCUCAAAGAGAUUUUCUUCCGUCCGGCCCUGCUCCUGACAUGGCAUUCGGACAGUGCCGACGACGAUGUGGCGGCAGAUGCUCACUUUUGGGUUGGUGUGGCUGCACGAAUCGCCACCGGACUUGGAAUGCAUCGCAAUCCUGUGUCUAGUAGCUUUGUGACGCGAGACAGGCGCAUGUGGAGACGGGUCUGGUUCAUCAUGGUGCAAUUCGAUGUCAUGGUGUCGCUUUCAUACGGCCGUCCUCAGGCUAUCAACUUGGACGACUCUGAUGUGUCUCCUUUGACGCUUGCCGACUUUGAAAAUUGCGGGCCUCGUGUGCAAUCAGAGUUUGUAAUCCAUUUUACGGAGCUUUGCACGAUGAUCUCGUACCUCAUUCGUGAUCGAUUCGGAUUACGUGCCAAUGAUGAACGACGGAAAGCUGUCCUUCAAGAAGCCGAUGAGUCCCUAGCAAAUUGGUCAUUAAAGCUUCCCGAUAACCUCCGUCUUCGAGCCUCUGACAUGGACCCUUGGUCUGCUAUGCUUCAUCUUACCUAUAACAAUUUCCUGAUUCUGCUGCAUCGGCCUCAUCCACGAGCCUCUGCAUACUCGGACGAUUACGGUCCCCACGACGCGGAGAUUUGUAGUGCUGCCGCUGGAGUUAUCGCUUCUAUCUUCGAGGAGCUUAGACUCAACGACCGGCUCAAGUUCCUUUGGUACACGGGCGUUCACACUCUAUUCACAGCCAUGAUUCAAGUCCGGGUCGAGCUACGAUUUUCAAACCCGGUCCUGGCGAUCAAUGCCUUGCGUCGUUUCGAUUCGGCAUCUUAUUCGCUCCGGGAACUAGCUCAGUACUGGGUCCAUGCAGGUACGAUUCUGCGACUCUUCGAGGACUCCAAGCGUCUCCAGGAAGACUUGCGCACAGCUACCAGCGAUCGAUCUAAGCCGUAUAACGGUGCUCCUAAAAUACCAGUCACAACUCCCGAUCCGACAGCGGCUAUGCAGGCUGUACAGACACCACGGCCACUUUCCUAUGGCGUUCCCACUCCAGAGUCUACUCAUACACCGAUGCAAGCAACAUUGUCACCGCAACCACCACAGCCGCAGUUUGAUAACUGGAUCACUGCGCCACUCCGACUCAAUGUUGGCCCACUGGAGCGAAAUGACCCAUAUGCCAAUACAAUGCAGGUGGAUUCCAUGGAGCAAAGCCGCGACUAUCCAGAUUGGCGCCAGCUCUUCUCCUUUGCAGAUUCCGACCUUCCCGCACCCAUGCCCAUGGAGGGACUUAUGGAAUUAGAAGACGAAUGGCGGCAGAUUUAUUGGCAAGAUACGCCAAUGGCGGAUAUUAUGCAGGACGGUGGCUGGAUUCCUGGCUAG